CUUUUCUGGUUUGAAACUAUAUUUCAAGCAAAAUGGUUUUCUCAUUAAAACGCAGCGUUCUCGUAUUUCGUAACAUUAUGCUGUAAUCAAUACAUUUUAUAGGGUAUUUUUAAAUUAAAAUUAAAUAGUGAUACAUAGCUCUUUAAGUAUGAAAUGUCUGUCUGCAAAUGAAUGGUGGAAAGGAGCGUUAUUGAUAUUUUCAUGGUUUCCAUGUGGCAUAUUUGAACAAGCCGCAUUCACACUAACAAGCAGUAAAUAUUUCUUUAUCAGUGGUACACGUACAGUACAGAACAUCUCUGGUUCAGCGAGCACCAUGACCUCCAGCUUCUCCGUGCACAGCCACUCUCUGGGACGACAGCCGUCUUUCUCCAGCAUGUCUAUGCGUGACAGUGGGGUUCGGGGACGCUCUAAAGUCCCAGUGUCUCUGUCCUCGGCCAGCACUCUGUCCCUCUCCCGUUCCACCUCUCUGGGAAAUGGCUUAAACAUCCUAAGCAACCUCUCGCUGAAUGGUCUAGGAGUUGGUGCCAGUGAAAAGGAGACCAUGCAAGGUCUAAACGACCGACUUGCCAGCUAUCUGGAAAAAGUGCGGUCUCUGGAGAAGUCCAACGCUGACCUGGAGCUGAAGAUUAAACAGCUGAUGAAGGAGCGAGCACCCAAGGGUCACGACAUCGAAGGGCUGAUGGCUCAAGCACAUGCCAUUGGACAAGAGGUGAGGAAGAAGACUUUGGAGAAUGCUCGUAUAAUGCUGGAGAUUGACAAUGCCAAGCUUGCAGCAGAUGACUUUAGGGUCAAAUGGGAGGCAGAAGCUACUCUUUGCCAGUCGGUUGAGAGAGACUGUCAUGCUCUGAGACGAGCAAAAUCUGAUCACGAUCAGAUCAUCGCAACACUUCGAGGAGACCUGGACAGUCUCAAAGAAGAGCUCUAUUUCCUCAAGAAGAACCAUGAGGAGGAGAAAAACGCACUGAAGGCCCGUCUAGCCAACGAGCAAGUGAACGUGGAGGUGGACGCGGCCCAGGGCCCGGACCUCGGAGCCAUCAUGGCAGAGCUGCGGGUGCAGUACGAGAGCAUCGCACGCAAGAAUAAAGAGGAUGCUGAGAUGUGGUAUCUGAAGAAGCUGGAGACCGUGCAGUCAGAGGUGAAGGAGAGUAACGAAGCUCUGCGAUGCGCUCAGAGUGAACUCAAUGAAAGACGACGCUUCCUGCAGGCGCUGGAGGUGGAGCUGGACAGUCUGCGCAAACAGGUUGGUGUUCUGGAGGGGAACCUGGGAGAGACGAAUCAGAAGUACACUCUUGAGAUCGAGCGUCUUCAGGGCACGCUCACACAGCUGGAGGACGAACUCUCACAGCUGCGUCUGGACAUGCAACGAAUCAAAACCGACUACGAGCAGUUGCUGCGUAUCAAACAAAACCUGGAGCUGGAGAUCGCCACCUACAGGAGGCUGCUGGAUGGAGAGGAAGUGAUAAAAGAGAUACCCUCUCCUAAAAAAGAACCUGAAGUGAGAACCAGGAAGAUUGUGAAGGUGGUCACCCAGACCAUGGUCAAUGGAAAGGUGGUGGAUGAAUCCAGUGAAGUUGAACAGAUUGAAGAACGAAAAAAGUCUGAUUCUGUAAGGCGAGUCGCAAUAGAGCGGGUCAUUUAACAGUAGCACAGACCGAAAGUCACACAGUGAAACUAAAUACAUACGAUACUAGCUGAUUUCCUGAAUGAAGUAGGCCUGCUAGUUUUAGGGACGGCGGUAGAAAAAUGAUACGUAGCUGUGGAUGGGGAUUUGAACCUGUCUGGUCACAGUGUGAGAAACUGAGCCAAAGGACGAAAUCAAGACAGCCUCACUUUGAGAACGAUGACCGAAAAAGCCCUGACACCAAACCUCUGUAGUAUCAGAUGUCUUGCUUUUGUGAAGCUUUCUGGGUGAAACGGCUGCUACGGUCCCAGCCCGUCACGGCCCUUGGUUUGCUCCGAUAAAUUCCACCAUUAUUGCCGGGUUUAAAACUAUUUUGGCACUUAAUCAGAUUUCAGUUAAUUGUAGCACGGUCUUACACAGGUCAGAUUUAUAUUUAACUCUUACUAGUGCUGAAUGAAACGCUAUACGGUAACACUUUACAAUACGGUUCAUUAGUUAUCAUGAACUAAAUGCUCGUAAAGCGUUUAUUAAUUUCAGUUAAUGUCGAUUUCAACAUUUAAUGCAUUGUGAACCAACAUGAAUAAACAGUUAUUCUACUUUCACUGACAUUAACAAAGAUUAAUAAAAAGUGUAACAAAUGCGUCGUUCAUUGUUCAUGUUAGUUAAUAACUAAUAUUAACAAAUGACACCUUAUUGUAAAGUGCCAAAAUACAUUAUUUUUACUUGUUGAUUUAUAUCUACUACCCAUAUCUAUAGAAAUGUAACUCGUAUAUUGAAAAUGUGUCGCUUAUAAUUGGAUGAGAGCACCAAAAGCCACGUUCGUUUAUCCAGUUUUCAAUACGGGGCAUUCCUAAUUCACAUUUCUUUUUGAUUGAUAUGGAUGUGGAGUGCACGUCUGACCAAUAAAGGUGUGUGAAAUACUCUCGGCUCAGCUUUAGCACCGUGUGUAUCACUGCAUCUAAACAUGUUGUUGCAUGCAGUGAUGCAUUUACAAUAAACUUUAGCCUGAUCUAGUCUAACCACAGACUCUUGUUUGGUUUCUGUUAUCUGUGACUCAUGAAACAUCAGUUGAUUUGUUUCUGCCCUAUUGUUUGUGAACCGCAAGCAUUAUUAUUGUAACAAAUGCCGUUACACGCUGCUGUCAUUACAAGGCUAUUACUGACAAUAAAAGUGAUAUGGUGUCUACCACUGCCUUUGGCAAAUGAAGAGGGUUUCUGUCUUCAGCUGCUACGGUGUAUUAGAUAUCGUGAUCCUCCCAUUCAGGAGAGAUCUCGCAUGGCUAUUUGUUUUACG